UUUUAAGUUAUUUUACAGUUACCGGUAAGUCUAGACCCAGAAGAACAAGCAGAAGCGUAACCUGUAAGCCUAGACCCAAAAUAUCAAGCAGAAGUCCAGUGACCAGUUACGGCACACAGAAACUCUGAAGAAAAACAUCUCUGUCUGUCUGUUUUUUGGAGUUUGAGUGUGAUGUGGAGGGUUCUGUCCUAACUUUCUUGGUCUUUUCUUUCAAUGUUAUUUUAUAUGGUGGAUGGUUAAUGCACUAUUUGUUUUAGCGGUAUCCACAGAUUGUUUUUCAAAGUUAGGGUGGAAGAGGACAGAGUAAGUUUCCUGGGGUUUAGAAGGUGUGGUGUGCACGAUUGCUUCUCAGCCUAGCACGGAGAAGACGCUGUCGAUACGGCAUGGAUUCAAGUGUGUUCCUGAGAAUAUUAAAGUGGAGGAGGUUUUGCUUGCAGUCAGUGAACAGCAAUCAUUUUCAGGAAGACAGAGAAGUUGCCCAAUGAAUCCCUUCAGUUCAUCAGUCUGCCACUGACUAAUUUACUAAAUACUAAGAUCAUACGUGGUAUCGACAAGUGCUGUGAAUUUUUAUUCACAUGGUGCAAAGGCUGCAAACUUUCAAGCAAGCAAGGAAUUCCAGACUGCACCAUCAACAUCAUGCCAAAUUGUGAAAACUGCAAAAAAAUGCCUCUAAAGAAUUGUGUGGAUCAAUGGAAUUUUAUCUCUAUGGACAUGCAAGAUCUAAGUCAGAACAGCACUUGUAUGACUAAAAAUAACAUCACAACCAUCAUCAGUGAAAUGUUUUUUCCAAGUGUGAAAAUAUGUGAUUGUGAAGACAUUGAAAAGACAUUUAAUAAGAAUGACCUAACCUCUGUCGAUGACUUGAACAGAAAUUGUAAAGGAAAGGAAGAAACAGUAUACCAUUGCAAGAAGUUGCAUUCCAUGAAAAACACAUUUCACAACAUUACCAAGCAGGGACCUCAGAAAGUGUUCCUAGACGGCAUCAAAGGUUCAGUGACAUCACAUCAGAAGAACAAUUUGCUAAACUUUAGAAUGGCUCUACCCUCCACCAAUAAUGCCACAUUGGAGAAGAUGGAUGACAUUUGGUUAGAGAUUCCUACUGAGGCCUUACGUGUUUUCCUGGGAGACACGGCAGAGGAAGUUAACCUGGGAGUAUUUUGGUUUGAGCAUCACAGCAUGUUCCCGGUGGAGGAGAACAACACUGAGCUCCUAAACAGUCGAGUGGUAUCCGUCGAUGUGGGAGAGGACAUCUCAGGCCUCAGUAACUAUUUUAAGAUCACGUUCCUCUUCCAGAAUGCAUCAGUGGAAAACAAAUCACUAGCAUGUGUGUUCUGGGAUCUUGAAAAUGAUACUGUUGCACAUUGGAAUUCCUCUGGAUGUGUCACUGAGACAAAGGAAAAUGAAACAGUGUGCUCUUGUAACCACCUUUCAUUCUUCGCUGUACUUAUGUCUCCGGUCAGUGGCUCCAGUGCCAGUCUGAGCUCCUCCUCUGUGUGGUUGCUGACGUUGUUGUCCAGGGUGGGCUGUGGAAUAUCCCUCUGUUUCCUGUGUCUGGCUCUCCUCAUCCACCUCAGAAGGGGAAAAUCUGAUGAUUCCCUGUGCAUCCACAUCCACCUGUGUGUGGCGCUGCUGUGCCUCAACCUAACCUUCCUCAUCAAUGACAGCCUAGCCUCUCUUGGUGUCCAUGGCCUGUGUGUUGCUACGGCAGCAGCCACCCACUACUCUCUGCUGUGCACCCUCACCUGGUUCUCCCUGGAGGGCUUCCACCUCUAUCUGCUCAUCAUUCGGGUCUUCAACAUCCACGUCAACAGAUACCUCCUCAAACUGGGCCUGGUAGGAUGGGGAAUACCUGGCAUAGUAGUUACCAUAAUUGUUGCUUGUGGCAAAUAUGGAGAAUACAGAAUAUACCAGCAAGACGGUGGUGCUAUUCAAAUGUGCUGGCUGACUGACUCUGCUCUGACCACGGUGUCCUUCUCAUACUUCGUGCUGACAUUCGCGGUGAACAUGCUGUGCUUUGGGUCUGUGACAGUGAAGGUGGUGAGGGCCCACCGUCAGAGUCCUGUCCUGAGGGAGAGGGGUAUGAACAGGGGGACAGUACUCAGUCUGCUGGGUCUGGCCUGGCUCCUGGGGGUCUCCUGGGGGGUCCUGCUCUUCCAGUUUGGCCCCCUGAGGGAGACAGCCUUCUACAUCUUCUGCACCAUCAACUCUCUCCAUGGCCUCUUCCUCUUUCUACGCUAUUGGGCUUUAACUCGGCCAGAGAAGGCAUCUAUCUCCAUGGCAACCACUGUAUCUUCUUGAACUGAGAUGCAUCCAGCUGAGAGGCCAGUCCCUUGACUAACACGGUUAAACCUUCUACUACUAAUACCACUGCUUCAAUUUUAUUACAUGAAUACAAUAUUUAGUAUGUUGGUUUAUAACUUUCACUAUAGGCAAACCUAGGUUUCCAGGUUUGCUCGUAAGCUUGCUGUGCUCAUAAUACUUUUUUUUACUUUUCAAAGUUGUUCUGUUUAUUGCACUUUGUGUUCAUAUUGUUGUAUUUUGUGACAUAUCUUCCAUGCAUAUUCAGUUUUGAUGUGUAUAGUCCAAGGCAAACAUCUAUUAGGUUCAAAUGAUUUUCAUCUCUGAAAAUAAUCAAAUACGUUUGGAUACCCGAUCGAUCACUCACCGUCGUACACGAGGGUAAGGUGAUGUGGUCGACUGUGAAUUGGUGCCUUUCUGUUUCUUUGACUGUUAUCAAAACCCCUCUGAAAGAUAUGCCAUUUUUUAGUCCAUCUAACAUUUUGGAGAAUUUGAAUUCCCUUUUGGUUUUUGCAGAAUAGGUGUACAGCAUAUAACCUCCUAGCUUAUGGGCUACCUGAGAGAACAUUAGGCCUACAAGUAGAUAGUACCUUAGGAUAACACCAUAUUUGCAGGGAUAGGAAAUCAAUGUUUAGAAAUGAACAUUUUUAGAUUGUGUAAACCUUUUCUUUGUUUAAAUAAUAAUUCCAUAAGAAUUUGAAAGGGGGAGAUGCCUCAGAAGCCUCUCUGGGGUUUUCUACCUCUUCUGCACAUGCUGUUUUUGUUCUCCUUUUACUUUGUGAUCAUAUUGUUUUGUAUUUUCUUGUGUGCCAUUAAAAAAAAAAAAAAGGAAAUACAGUAUAGUCCCAAACAUCGAAAUCAUUAUGUGGAAAUAUACUGCUGCCUUUUGGAAGACGAGGUUCAGUGUGAAAAAAGUUCAGUGUGAACAGAAUAAAAGAAUGAAGAAACCCAACCUGAGCAAAGAGGAGCUACAAUCUCUGAAAAAGCUACAGUCAGAACCAACCAUUGCAAUUCGACAGGCGAAUUUCGUACACAAUUGAUUGUUUCUGAAUUCAAAAGGUAAUUGUCAGACCAACACUUCUACAUGCCACUGCCCUCUGACCCCAUUUCCACCUACAAUGAACAGAUCAAAGAGACAUUGUUUGAAGGAGUCAAUCAUAACAUCGUAGAUGAAGAGCAUUUUUGUAUGUCCCACACACCUGCAUCCCCCCUAUACUACAUGGUGCCUAAGCGACAUUAGAAUCUGGACGACCCUCCGGGAAGACACAUUGUGUCAGGGAUUUGGAGCAGAACUGAGAACAUCUCACUUUGUCAACCAUCACCUGAAACACGUUUUUUUCUUAACUCAUAGACGGGUGACUGUAAAACUCUUGACUGACAUUGAUACCAGAAUAGGUUUUCUUAGUCUUUUUUGACAUUCAAUCUUUGUACACAGUCAUUCAUGGUUAACUAGGAACAGAAUUUAAGCUAAUGUGUUAGUUUAUUAACUCAACUUUUUAAAACUCUUGCUGAGUAAAAUUACAAAUUCAUGUUUGGCUUUGAAAGGCAACACUGUAAAAAAGGCAAAUUAAAGGUGAAGUUAUUUUUCUUUCAACCAAAGUUUAUAUUGUAAAUGGAGUGUUAUAGAAGGAAAGGGUCCAGACAAUUUUUUUUUGAGAUUUCACUUGUUUUUGAGAAACGUAGGGACAGAUAUGCAAUAGGCUAACUAGCAAUCAUACCACACAUGAAACCAUUAAAAUCUGCCGAAUUUUCAAUAUAAAUCCUGAAGAUAGAGGAAUAGCUGAUAGGCAGCGGAGAGGCC